AUGUUAGCGUUCCAGCGCGUUGGCAAUUCGGCUUACCGCGAUGUCCCGGGCGUCUACUCCCAUAUCAUCGAUCCGAACGAGCGCCGCCGGAUGGCCCUUGCAGAAAUCGACAAGGCCUCGUUCGGAUGGUACCAUCUACGAUUGAUUGUUGUCACUGGCGUAGGCUUCUUUACUGAUGCGUAUAGUUUGUUCGCCGUCAAUUUAGCCACAGCGAUGCUUGGAAUAGUCUUCUGGCAGGAUUCCGACGGCGGCGUCAUGCCGCACAAUGCCGAUACUGCCAUCAAAGUCUCGACAUCUGCGGGUGCUGUGGGGGGGCAGAUAUUCUUUGGAUAUUUGGCAGAUGUGCUCGGGCGCAAGAGGAUGUAUGGCAUCGAGCUGCUCAUCAUUAUUUCUGCUACAGUAGCACAAACUCUGUGCGCUUCCUCUAAGGCUAUGUCCUUCGCCGGUGUCUUCGUCUUCUGGAGGGUGCUUAUGGGAUUAGGUAUCGGUGGAGACUACCCUUUAUCAGCAGUAAUAACCUCGGAGUUUGCGAGCACCAAGUGGCGAGGAUCCAUUGUUGCAGCCGUUUUUGCCAUGCAAGGCUUUGGUCAGUUCGCAGCCGCAAUUGUGGCCCUCGUCGUAACAACCGCGUAUAAAAGGACCCUUGAGCCAGUCCGCUCAAUUUCGGAAUGUAGUGGAGACUGUUUAAGAGCUGUAGACAUAAUGUGGCGCAUUAUAGUUGGAUUCGGCAGCAUUCCCGGAUGGUUCGCACUGUACUACCGGCUCACCAUCCCCGAAACUCCACGAUACACCUUCGACGUACUCUACGACGUCGAAACAGCCUCUGCCGAUGCCCGAAGAUACCGAUCAGGCAAGAAAGGAGGCGCUCACCUUGACAGGCUCCACCUGGCUCGCGCGCAAGCCGAUAUGCUGAAGUAUCGUACUCCCCGCCCCGGUCCGUCCGAGAUCUGGAGAUUCUUUAGCAAGCGGUCCAAUGCCUUGAAACUUCUUGGAACCGCAGGAUCAUGGUUCCUCCUUGAUGUGGCCUUUUACGGCAUCAAUCUUAAUAGUUCCAGUGUUCUUUCCGUGAUUGGGUUCGACAAGAAAGAAAAUGUCUACGCGCUUCUCCAAAAUGCUGCUGUCGGCCAACUAGUCCUCAUCUGCGCCGGGUCAAUCCCAGGCUACUGGUGUACAGUAGCCACAAUAGACAUACUAGGCCGGCGACCCAUCCAGCUCGCCGGCUUCACGAUCCUCACGGUCCUUUUCUGCGUCAUCGGCUUCAACUUCGCCGGCCUGUCCCAGAAAUCCCUCCUCGUCCUCUACAUCCUCUGCCAAUUCUUCUUCAACUUCGGCCCCAACGCAACAACCUUCCUCACGCCCGCCGAAGUCUUCCCCACGCGCGUCCGCGCCACCGCCCACGGCCUGUCCGCCGGCUGCGGCAAGGUCGGCGCCAUCCUCGCCCAGGUCGUCUUCGCGCCCAUGGUCAAUCGCGGCGCGACGCCGGCCAACCCGUCGCCGUGGCUCCACGGCGUCAUGCAAAUCUUCGCGCUCUUCAUGUUCUGCGGCAUCGGGACUACCCUGCUCGUGCCGGAGACGAAGCGGCGCUCGUUGGAGGAGCUCGCGGGGGAGACAGGGGAGAGGGGGGUGUAUGAGUUGCAGUUUGUUAGUGGGUUUUUUGCCGGGGGGAGUGGGAGAGGUGGGAGGGAUGGGAGGGGGAAGAGGUUGGAAGGGGAGUGGAGUUGGAGGGGAUUGAGGGAUAGGUAUUUGAGGGUGAAGUGA